AUGCAGCGGGUGCUGCGGGCCGUUUGCCGCGCGCCGCGGGGAGCCGGGCUCGGCGCUCGCGAGCUCUCUGCGACCGCCCGGUGGCCGCGGCCGCCCUGCGGCGGGCUCGGGCCCGCGGCUCUCCCCAGCGCCCGUGCCCAGGGGCUCCGGAGCCGGUCUUCGGGGUGUGGGGCCCCUCACCGCUGCCUCUCAGGCUCUGGCUUCAACGUCCCGCCUAGUGCCGAGGUGGUGGCCCGGCCUGCGGGCGUCUGCUCCAUGCUGAAGCUCCCGGUUCAGGCCUCGACGGAGGGGCUGGACGCGGCUUUUAUCGGCGUCCCUCUAGACACCGGCACGUCCAACCGCCCGGGAGCCAGGUUUGGUCCUCGCCACAUCCGAGCUGAGUCGGUGAUGCUGCGGUGCUGCAACCCCAGCACCGGGGCCGCCCCUUUCGAUUCCCUCCUGGUCGCCGACGUCGGGGAUGUGAACGUGAACCUCUACAACCUGCCCGACAGCUGCCGGCGCAUCCGCGAGCACUACGGGAAGAUUGUGGCCUCUGGCUGCGUACCCCUCACCCUGGGUGGAGAUCACACCAUAACGUACCCGAUCCUGCAGGCCGUGGCGGAAAAGCACGGCCCCGUGGGGCUGGUGCACGUGGAUGCCCACGCCGACACCGGCGACGUGGCCCUGGGCGAGCGCAUCUACCACGGGACCCCGUUCCGGCGCUGCGUGGAGGAAGGGCUGCUGGACUGCCGGCGUGUGGCGCAGAUCGGCCUCCGGGGCUCCUCCUUCGCUCUCGAUCCCUACAAGUACAGCCGGGAGCAGGGUUUCCGGGUCGUCCCGGUUGAAGAGUGUUGGCUGAAGUCGCUGGCGCCGCUGAUGGAGGAGGUGAGGAAGCAGAUGGGGGACAAACCCGUUUACAUCAGUUUUGACAUCGAUGGCCUCGACCCCGCGUACGCCCCAGGAACCGGGACGCCUGAGAUAGCCGGGCUCACGCCGGCCCAGGGUUUGGAGAUUAUCCGUGGCUGCAAAGGCCUAAAUAUAGUGGGAUGCGACCUCGUCGAAGUCGCACCGAUGUACGAUGCCUCCGGUAACACGGCCCUCCUGGGGGCAAAUCUGCUCUUUGAGAUGUUGUGUGUUCUCCCCAAAGUGAAAACCGUGUGAGGGCGGUUGCUGCCUCACCCAAGACUUCUUUGCAAACCGUCAUGGAAAAACAGAACGGACCAAGGUGCCCUAAUGGACCUUGGUCACGGUGGUUGGUCUUCAACGUCCCGUCCUCCGCAGCCAGCUGCCGUUACGGAGCGCUCUGCAGUAAGGAAUAAAUGCCGUUUACUGCUAGAAAAAGUAAUUUCAAGCUUAUGUGCUGUAGGUAGCAGAUGGAGUUGAACAACCCAUUUACUGGUGUCAUGCAACAGGAGCCUGCGUGCUGCAUCACCUGGGGCCUUCGCCUUCGGGCUCUGCCUGAUUCAUCCAGGAACCCAGGCAGGAUCCUUACGAGCACAGCAGUAUUUUAAUAACUGUAGCCGCCUGUUUUCCUGAUGGGGAUAACCAGGCCCUUCCCUUAACCAGCUGCUAGCGUUCAACGCGUAGCUUCACAGUCCCUGGGUUUCUGAGUUCCCACUGAGAUGGUAUCAGUUUGUAUACUGAAACACAAAGCCGCCUCAUCACACAUUAAAAUAGUUUAUUUUGGUUGCAAA